AUGAACUUCGCUGGCAAGGUCGUCUUAAUAACAGGCGCGAGUUCAGGGAUCGGUGCGGCUUGCGCUGUACGCUUUGCAAUGGCUUCCGCAAAACUAUCUAUCGUAGGAAGAAAUAUAGAUAACCUAAAAAAGGUGUCCGAAAAGUGUGAAACAGUAAGCGGUUUAAAACCAUUAUCCAUAUCAGCUGAUAUUACUAUUUAUGAUGAAAUACAAAGAAUCGUUACAGAAACAAUAGAUUAUCAUGGAAAAAUUGAUGUAUUGGUGAACAAUGCGGGUAUAGCUCUUAUGGCUGGUAUUCAAGACGGCGUAGAACCACUUGACCGUAUAAUGGAAACGAACAUUCGCGGAACUUAUCUACUCACACAACAAGUUAUUCCAUACAUCGUGUUUACUCGGGGAAACAUUGUUAACGUAUCGAGUGUGCUUUCAACAACACCAAUAUGCACUAUGAUGCCAUAUUGCAUGUCUAAAGCUGCACUGGACUCAUUUACCAAAUGUCUUGCACAAGAAUUAGCAAGUAAAGGAGUGAGAGUGAAUGCCGUUAAUCCAGGUCCAGUUAAAACUAAUUUCCUCACAAGAGCCGGACUAAGUAAUGAACAAAGUGAAGCAUUAUUUGCAAGUUUUGCUACCAACUUGCCCCUUAAAAAGGUUUGUGAACGUGAAGAUGUUGCAGAAUUAAUUAUUUUUCUUGCGAGCGAUAACGCGAGUUGUAUCACCGGUAGUUGCUAUAUUAUGGACUGUGGAGUAAGCCUUGGUGAUGGUGGAAAGAAAUGUGAAAUGUAA